CGUUUUCUUUGAUUGUCUUUCUGCCCUGCCUCUGCCGAACUUUUUGGAUGCAAGCGGAAGAGCAAGAGUCAGUAUCAGUAAAAGAGUUCCCCAAUUUCUGGCAGCCUGCCCCCGUGUAAGAUUUCUACGUAUCAUGUCUUACUUUUGUUGACACGCCACUCGACGAACGUACUAGAGUCUAGGAUAGUUUCGACGUCUACUACCACGCGGUUGUUCAAUCAAAAUGUUGGGUCCUUCCACGACAAGCUCCUCUUCCACACAUUUACCCGGACUGCUGAAUCCCAACGCCACGAUGCAAUCGCAUCCCUCGCAGCACAACCCGCCGGUCAAGCCGAACCGGUUUUCUGUCAAAAUCGCUGACUUUAAACUUUCGAAUUUGACUGCGGCAAACGAACCCUACCUGCGUCUCGAUUUUGACCACUUCAAGUGCUUUCAGACCGACAAGGAGAAGAUAGGUUUGGAAGCCGGGGUAUUCGAAUACGGGUUCAAAGCCGGGUUUCUGUACUCCACACGGGCGGUUGACAAAUUACCCAUGAAGAGGUUCAAAAUACACUGUUACGACCAUGUGGGAAGCGGGAAAGAAAGCAUUCUGCUGGGGAGCACAGAGGUACUCAAAGCAAGAAAAGCAAUCCCCUUCUUCAGUUUGAGUUUGUGGAUUUAUCAUAUAGCAUUGGAGUGUUGUAUUGUUGUGCUUUUGAGUUGACGACGUUCUCUCCUGUUUUCAUUUUCCCGCAUUCUGCUGGUCACAUUUUGUUCCAAUCUUGAAAUCUUGAAUUUUCAGAUCGACCUCCACGCGCUGAGCACGGGUGGGCAGCACGUAAGUCUCACACUGAAGACCGGACCUCUCCCUUCGCACUGCACGCCUCAGGAGCUGGAGAAGCGAAGACCCGUGGCGACGCUGGAGUUUCAGUGCUUCAUGAAGAUGCUGUCCAGCGAGUUCACCAUUCAGCUGUCCGAUCUGAAGCUCAGCAUCCAGGGCUGGCCCGCCGCCGCGAAGUGGGACCUGUGCUCGACGCUGCGGGAAGACUUGGUAAUCGAGGCCCCCUUCAGCAACGACGGACAGUGGGACCAAAUUUCGCUACAGUUUGACACGACGUGGUGGGAUAUGCUUGCACCCCUCGCAUUGCAGCAGGCCCCAAACGCCGCCCAGAAUGCCAGCGGUAUGCUCGCGGCACCCCAGCAGCUGGAGGGGUUGAAGAUCGUCGUAUACGACGAAACCAGCAACGUGCAAGGCACCGUGAUGCUGCCCUUUCGCGACUACUUCUUUCCCCCCGGCCCGCAAGGACCGGGCUCCACGACCUCCUUCGCGGUAGUGUCGGGCACCAACAAUACAACGGGCAGCAUCAAUCUGUCCGCAGCAUCGGCGGACGGGCAGCAGCAACAGCAAGUGCCACCUCCGUUUUCCUUCGACUUUCACAAAGAACACGAAUUUCAGGCGCACGUGACCUACGGCGACGAGGGAGACCAGGUCGGGGAGUUCACCGGGAAGUUGCUCUUCCGCAACUUGCCGCGGUACGCGCAGAUGGUCGGCGGGACAACUACCGACGACGGGCUGGUGGAGGGCGGAUGCCUACUCUGCAAAAACCUGCCACCACCGCGAUGCUACAACGACAGAGACGCGCCACCGUUUUUCGAUCCCUACGGAUACAAUGCAGCAGCUCUGGCGUCGGCCAAUCAUACUGCCGGCGGUGCAGCCGCAGCCGGCUCAUCCUAUCUUCAGACGGCCGCAAGUGUGGGCCCUAGCGGAGCCAAGGAAAACGUCGCAGGAGGAGGCGCGGGCGGCAUCGCCCUACUCGGGGGAAACAUGGAACCGCCGGACGUGGAAAGUACUUAUUUUGUUAUUUUGGAAUUCCAACAUGACCAUGCAUUUGUGGGAGUGCUUGUGCUCUACUAAAGAGUUUGUGUUUUGAAUAGUUUUCGCAUUUUCAAUGUACUUGCAUUCACAAGCUCCACAUCGUUCGCCGUCGUGUUCGAAUUUGCAGUCGCAGAGAUGAUUUGUUUUGAAAAUAUACCAAUAUCCCAACUACAGUGGAGGACGCUCACCAAAACCCAUUGCUCGUUGGCGGUUCGGGGAGCGGCAACUUACUUGCUUCCGGGCAGCAAAAAUCAGCGAGCUCCAGUCACCAGCCAAACCGGUUCUCGCCACCCGAUAACUUGUUUAGCAACGUAGAGCUGGACAUGGAAAUAGAAACGCCCGACGACAUCGAGUUGCCACCCAACUGGGAACAGCGACGGGCGAGUAACGGCCGUCCAUAUUUUGCAGACCACGUAUCGAAGAAAACCACCUGGAAGGAUCCAAGGUUCAUGCCAGACAAUUGGGACCAGAGGCUCGACCCGAUUACGGGGAAGGUAUAAUUGUCAGAUAUUGAUGCAGUCGUACUAGCUUCGAUGACGGGAUGUUGCAUUAAUGCUGGGAAAGUAAGUAAGUACCUAGAAGAACGACCCGAUGAACCUAUCUUCACGCCACUUCAGGUUUACUUUGCCUACCACAAGACGCGGCAGACGACCUUCGUGGACCCCCGCGGCAUGCCGCCGGGAUGGGAGAUGCGGCUCAGUUCGCAAGGCACGGAGUACUUUGCGCACUACGGGUCGAAGAAGACGUGCUGGACCGACCCGCGGGGGCUGGAGGACGGGGUCGAUAUGCAUUUGGAUUUCAAGUCCCGGGUGUACUACGUCGACCACCGGGACACGAGCACCACCUGGGACGAUCCGCGCGAGCGCAUGCCCAACCCCAUGGCCUUGCGGAAGUGGGAGUUUCGCCAGUGGUGGCGGCACCAGAUCAUUGUCGCACGGGCCGCGCACGAGGAAGCUCUCCGGACUCACGCGGAAAGAGAAGACCGCGAGCAGGAGCUGCUCGGAACUCAACAAGAAAACAAUGUCAGCGGAGGCUCGGAAAUGGACUUCCAGCCAGGACUGAAAACGUCGAAAUAGCAAUGACUUUGCGUGGUGAAGCUGCUGGAGCAGCACGAGCAGCUCGUCUGUUCUGAGAAUGCAAUACAAUCAACAGACGAACUUCAUCACUCGCC